CAGUUUUUUUUCAAUACUCAGUGAGACAAGGACAGAAUAACUCCUAUCUCGAUUUGUAUAUCUGGAAAGCUCCUCUUGUCACGAUAUUAUUAGUGGUUUUGCACAAUGGCGUAGGAGCGCGGAACAGCGCUCAUCGUGUUUUGCAAUAUCAGCUGAUGGACUUGAUGAACUUUUCCGCGUUGUGUAAAAGAAAAAAAAAAGGAAAGAAACAGAAGUGCCGCCACGGAGUUCUUACUGUGAUAGUAUAUCGUGUCGCGUUCUUAACGCUGCAACAUGCCGACGAAUGUCAUCGAAGUAAUAGCAUCGAGACGGAUCUUUUCCCUUUAACCGUUCGUCGUUUCCGCGGAUUAAUCCGCUGUCAUCGGCAGGUUGUGUUUUGAUUUGAUACGCUCAACGCUCAUCUUGAGAAGGAGAGAGGAAGAAAAAGUGAGAGAGAGAGAGAGAGAGAGCGAGAAAGUGUGUGCGAAGAAGGAAGGAGUGAGUGGGGGAAAGUAGAGAGAAAGAAAGAUAGAGAAAGAGAAUACUUGAUAUUUAAAUAAAUAUGGGAGGAGCAGUAAGCAGUGGGCAAGACAAUGACGAAUUAGUGGAUAAUUUAAUGGGAUCGGGAUAUAUUAGAACGAAGAAGGUGGAGCAAGUUUUUAGAGCUGUAGAUAGAGCGAAUUAUGUUUUAUCUGCUUAUCGAGAAGAUGCUUAUAAGGAUCUGGCUUGGAAAUAUGGAAAUAUACAUUUAUCAGCUCCCUGUAUAUAUAGUGAAGUAUUGGAAGGGCUUAGUUUAGAACCUGGUUUGAGCUUCCUGAAUCUUGGAUCAGGAACUGGCUACCUCAGUACAAUGGCAGGACUCUUAUUAAAACAACAUGGAACAAAUCAUGGUAUCGAGUUGCACGAAGAUUGCUUAAAAUACGCAUAUGAAAGGUUGGAAGAAUUCAAGCAGAUAUCACUGGCUUUAAACGAGUUUGAUUUUUGUGAACCUGUAUUUAUACAAGGAAAUUGUCUUAGCAUCAUACCUGGUAGGCAAUAUGACAGAGUAUAUUGUGGGGCCGCAUGUCCUGAAAGUCACGAGGCAUUUAUUAAACAGUUUGUACGCGUUGGAGGUAUAUUGGUAAUGCCUUAUAAAGAACAAUUAUUACGUGUGAAACGAGUAGAUGAAAACACUUGGUUGCAGUAUACAAUGCUUCCCGUCUCUUUCGCGACUCUAGUCAUACCUCCGUCCUCGGAACACAAUUUAUUUCAUCUGCCGGAAUGCAACCCAUUAUCUCUGCAAGAGUUGUGUCGUGGUAGGAUUCGACAUCAUUUACGCCAUAAUAUCUGGUGUGAACACCCCGAUCUCGAGACUGUGAAGCCUGUAAUACCAGUCCAUCAGAGACAGACUGCGCAACAACGUGCCCUCAGACGUUUUGUAAUACCUAUUUUUGAAGAGUCCGAUGAAGCCUUAACGGAUGACGAACAAGAAAUCUCCGAGCGAGUGCGUUUCUUGGUACGUGCAGUCAUACAACCAAAUCAAAACAGCGAAGACGGCGAUGAGAAUCAACGAGUUUCGGGCAAUACAAACGACAGUACUCGAGAUAUCGGUGUAAAUACAGAUUUCCAUGUGCGUCAACAGAGACGGAAAUCAGCCGCGAAGAAUUCUGCCUCGAGUACAGACGGUGCAAGUGCAGGUCACAGUUCGUCUGCAACUACAGAUACAAGUGACAACAACAAUGAGGAGCGAAACAAAAAAGACUCAGAGAAGUCCAGCACAGCCGCGUAUACCAAUAUGAGUGAUAGCGAUAGCGACACCGAACAAGAGAGUGCUUUUGUACAACGCAAGAAAAUUGCGAAGCGCGAGAAAACGGACAGCGGUAUAGUGGACGAUGCGAAUUUUAGCAACGACGAGAGCAAGAAUACCAAUCACUCGGAUUCGGAUAUCACUGACACCACGGAUGCGGGCGAUGCGAUGGACGUAGAUCUACCCGAGAUCGCAAUUUAUAAAUCGUGCAGAAACACAUGCAAUUCUCGCCCAACAUCGAAAGACUCUAAUACCUGUAAAAACGUAACUGUUGCGCACUAUAUAGAUAGCAACGCGUUCGCCGUUUACAUGAGGGAAAAGAUAGAACAGUUACCGUUGCCUUUUUCGAUAAAGUUGUACAUGAAUUAUAACCGAAAAUUAUAAGCGAAUCACACGUCACUAUUCUCAUGUAAAAAAUACAUAACUUUUUAUUACGCAACGA